AUGGAGUGGAUUCGUCGAGAAACAAUCGGUCACGGGAGCUUCUCCACCGUUAGUUUAGCCACUACCUCCGGAAGCUCGACGGCGUUUCCAACGUUGAUCGCUGUGAAAUCGUCUGGAGUGGUUUGCUCCGCCGCGUUACGGAGCGAGAGAGACGUGUUGGAUGAUCUCGGCGACUGUUCGGAGAUCGUUCGGUGUUUCGGGGAAGGAAGGACGGUGGAGAACGGAGAGGAGAUUUACAAUCUGUUUCUGGAGUACGCUUCCGGUGGGAAUUUGGGUGACAGGGUUAAGAAAUCCGGUGAAGCGUUGCCGGAAUUCGAAGUGCGUCGAUUCACGAGGUCGAUUGUGAAAGGAUUGCGUCACAUCCACGAUAAUGGAUUUUGUCAUUGCGAUGUGAAGCUGGAGAAUGUUUUGGUUUUCGGUGACGGAGAUGUGAAAAUCUCCGAUUUCGGGCUAGCGAAACGGAGAAGUGAGAUUGGGGAGGAAAUUAGGGUUGAGAUCAGAGGAACUCCUCUGUACAUGGCGCCGGAAUCGGUGAAUCGCGGCGAGUUCGAAUCUCCGGCGGAUAUUUGGGCGCUAGGAUGCUCUGUAGUGGAGAUGUCGAGUGGCAAAACGGCAUGGUGUUUGGAGGAAGGAGGAAUCACGAAUGCAAUGUCGCUAAUGGUUCGUAUUGGUUCUGGUGAGGAAGUUCCUAGGAUUCCGGUGGAAUUGUCGGAGGAAGGGAAAGAUUUCGUGAGGAAAUGUUUCGUGAAAAACCCGGCGGAGAGAUGGACGGCUCAGAUGCUUUUGGAUCAUCCAUUCUUAGCCGUUGAUGAUGAGAGGAGGAGUAGUAGUAGUAGUAGUAGUGGUCCAUUGGUGUGUGGCGACGAAGACGAGGCUUCGGUUUCACCGAGAGAUCCUUUUGAUUUCCCGGGUUGGAAUUCGGUUCAGUCUCCGGUUAAUGAUUCUAUUACGGUCUGUUCACCGGUUAGUUAUUCGCCGUUUAGUUAUUUGGUACGUUCGCCGGAGGAGAGAAUUAGGGAAUUAGUAACCGAGAAUGUACCUGAUUGGUCGGUUUCGUGUGAUUGGGUCAACGUCAGGUGA